AAUUCCACAAACUUCCUUUCUACUAGUUUUUCAGCUAAUAACACCCUUCGCCACGUUAAAUCCUCCCUCCUUCCAGACCCACUAUCGUCCUCCUCCUUCUACUUUACCCUCAAUGGAAAACCCCUCUCUGAUUCCACCCUUCUCCCAAAUCCCCAAAUUUCCCAUCUUUCCACCCUUUCUCACCUCCCCCGCAUCUCCGGUGGCGGAGGCGAUGGUGGCGCCACUGGAGCUGAGUCCCGCGACUGUUAUCUCAAGAUGUAUGCUGUCAAAAAGCCUGAUAAAGUUGACCCCAAAGAGAAAAGGCUCGGUAAGUGGCUCAAUUGUGCCUUCUCUUAUGAACCUUUAAGAGAACCUUGCGUGAUUGAAAAAUUAGGGAAUAUUUUCAAUAAGGGAGCUCUUGUUGAAGCUUUGUUGGGUAAGAAAUUGCCCAAAGAGUUUAGACAUAUAAAGGGUUUGAAAGAUAUGAUUAAUAUUAAGUUGUUGAUGAUUCCCGGGAAGCAAUCAGAUGCUGCUGAUGGUGCUAUGUUUCAGUGCCCCUUAACCGGGCUCGAAUUCAAUGGGAAGUAUAAGUUUUUUGCGUUGAGGAAUUGUGGGCAUGUUGUUAGUGCUAAGGCUUUGAAAGAGGUUAAAUCAUCUGCUUGUUUGGUUUGUCAUAAGGAGUUUGUGGAGUCUGAUAAGAUGGUGAUUAAUGGAAGUGAGGAGGAGGUGGCAGCCUUGAGGGAGAGGAUGGAGGAAGAGAAAUCGAAAACGGUGAAGGAGAAGAAGAGGGGAACCGAUGUUGUGGACGGGAAAAAAGAUUGUGGUAAAUUGGAAGGGAAUGAAAAGCUUGAGAAUGGGAAGAAAUCGAAUAAUGGUGGGGUGAAGAAGUUUCGAGCCGUGGAUGUGGCACUGGCUAAUGCAACAAAAGAAGUUUAUGCUUCCAUAUUUACUUCUUCAAAGAAGUCGGAUCUUAAGGAAACUUUUACAUGUAGAUCACUCCCACUUGGUUUAAAUUGAUCGGAUGAGAUUGAGUAAUACUGUGGUGAAGAAGUUUAGAGCUGCAGAUCAUGUGACCCCAGCUAAGGAUGCGGAGGAGAUUUCUGCUUCAAUAUUUAGUUUGACGAAGUUGGUGGAUCAAGUCUGGCCUGGUCAAUACUGAUGUUGUCAUUUGUACCUUGUUAAAGAGAGGAAGUUGUAGUUGCCCUAACUGAGGUUGCUGCUGCCAUUGGUGAGCCAAUGGACAUCAACACAGCCUUGCCUCUUGUGAUUGGGAAGCCCAAAGUUCAUGGUGGGCUUGCACGUGGUUUACACGAAGCUGCCAAGGCAAUUGAACAGCACAAUGCACAUCUUUGUGUUUUAGCUGAUGAUUGUGACCAGCCAGAUUAUGUUAAACUGGUCAAGGCACCCUGUGCUGAUUAGAAUGUUAAAGUGCCACGUGCACCAAGUGCAAAAACUCUGGGCGAAUGGGCUGGUGUAAGUAAAAUUUCAUUCCUUAUUUAUUGAACACAAGUUAUUUCUCUCUUUUAUGGUCUCAAAGGGACCACUUUCAUCUUGUUCAUUGAAUAUUACUACAAACUUAUGCCACCAAAUUAAAUGAGAUUACAUUCGUUCUAUAUGCCAAUUGUGCUUCAUCUCUGGAUGCUGUUGUGUAACGAUCGAUUCGAGGGGAAGGCAAGGAAGGUAGUUGGCUGUUCUUGUGUAGUUGUCAAGGUAUGGAAGCAUAUGGAUGGAAGUACAUUCUGUUUUACUUGAACAAUAUGUGUAUAUAGCCAUGUAUAGUAUGUUAGUACGUUUGUCUGAGUUUUAUAAUCUUGUUGGUGCAUGAUUAUGGUGAGCAACACGAGGCUGUUGAAGUUGUUCAGCAGCAAGGAUUAAGCAAAUCAGAGGAUGGUUUCCUUUGUAGAUGUGUGUUGAGUUUUUUUUGUCAUUUAAUGAGUUCAUGAUUGUGAACAAACAAAGAUUAUUUUCUUUCGAAGUUGUUGCGAUUCUCUGCAA